AUGCUCCCCCGAUUCUAUGCUGAUCUGCCAUGCAACCUACCUCCUAUUCCCAUGGCCCAUCCUGUAUGCAUUUCCCAAUCAUCCCCUUCCUCCCCAUCCCCCUUCCUCGGUUUCUUUCCUCCCCAUCCCCCUUCCACGGUCCUCUGGCCAAUCUCUUCUGGUGGCAUCACCACACCAGGCCGUCUCCUCCUCUGCCACUGCCUCACUGUGCCUCACUGUUCCCCACAUGCCCCACAUGCCCCACAUGCCCCACAUACCAAACAUGCUCCUCUUUCCUUCAACCCCCCUUCCCCCCAACCCUCAGGUCCUCUGGGCAAUCUCUCUCCUCGUGGCAUCACCCCAUCCCGCCGUCUCCUCUACUUCUUCCUCACCGUGCCCCACAUCCUGCUCUUUCCUUCAUUCCCCCUUCCCCCCAACCCUCAGGGGGCGAAGUCCACUGGGCAAACCCUCCUCGUGGCAUCACCUCACCCCGCCGUCUCCUCCUCUUCCUCCGCAGCUGCUGCCUCUGUUUCUCUCUGCCCCACGUGCAACGGGUCGGCGGUUAUGAAGUGUUCGGUGUGCAACGGAGAUGCGUGGAAACACAAGAUCACAUUCGACAGGGUGCUGGACUCGCCACUGAAAGCCUGGGAUGCGUACCGCAUGGCCAAACCCGUCAUGCCAUCCCCUGAGGCAAUGCAGGACCCCAACCGCGCUGCCUUCUGGCUGCUGCAGCGGCCGGCAGUGGAGGAAGGGGUGGAGAUGAGUGAGAGGGACAAGGAGGCCGUGUGGUGGGAGCACCAGUGGAACCAGCGGUACGAAGGCAUGCGGGAGGCAGUGCUGCAGAAGCAGCCGGGGUGGCAGCAGGCUCAGCAGGCUUUAAUCGAGAUGGAUCCAUCUGCGGCUCUCAACGACCCUCAGCUCGAUGCUGCUGUCCGAACCAAGCCACUCAAGGCUCGGCGGCUGCCGAAGCUGGAGGGCGACGCCGAGGCUCGGGUGGCCGCAGCUCUGGAGGAGGCUCGGAAGAAGGUGGAGAAGAUGACUCCUCCCCCCCGACCCAAAGACUUUGGGUCCUUCCAGCUGGACUGGGUACAGGAACCCGAUCAGAGCAAGAUCAAGGGCGAGGCGGAGAGGCAGCAGUGGCAGAGGGAGGUGGAGGAGAAAAUGCUGGACGCUGCCUGGCGGGACACCUGGCAGAACGACAAGGUAGAGGAGAGCUUGAAGAAAGCCAUUUCUCGCAUGAAAGCAGCCGAUGAAGCAGCGAGGAGAGCUAAGGCUGCAGAGGCGGCUGCUGCUGCAGGAGGGGGAGCAGCAGCAGGUGCAGCAGCAGGAGGAGGGGUGGGUGGGAAAGGAGGGGCAGCGAGCAGUGGGGGCAAGGCGGCAGGGAAGAAGAGCAGCGGAGGGGACAAGGGCAAGGGCAAGCCCUGCGUGAACUGGGCUUGCAACCGGCCAAUCGACCCCAAGGGGCACAGCACAGCCCACCCUUAA